AAUGGAGAAGCAGAGAGGAGAAGAGCUAGAUCAGACAAGGAAAAUUAGCCAAGCUCAGCACUGGUAUGAAUCUCCAAUAGAACAACUCGACUCGACUCAGCUCAAGCAACUGAGAACAUCUCUAGAGAUGCUAAAGCAGAAUGUGAAAAAGCAAGCCGAGCAGCUUCUAUUUCAAGCAGCAAAUAAUCAUCAAUUUUAUGCUCCAACAACAACUACCAAUAGAUCACUUAUUCCUUUCGGUCCCAAAAAUGGCGGAUUCACUGCGAACAUAGCGCCUUAUGAUCAGUAUGCAAAUCUUGCAUAUGGACGAGGAUUUUUCUGAAGUCUAUUGAUUGUGUUGUUGAUUUGGUUGAUUUGUAUAUAUUUCAUUGUCUGAAAGGGACCACAACCAUUUGCCAUAUGGUCAAAAAAAACAAAA